AUGGCAGUUGUGAAAGCACCCAUGCAGGAACUAAAAAUUGUGGAAGAAUCCUUGGAUAAGGUGUCACCCCUCCUCUUGAAAAGCCUGGUGGAAGAACCCAAGAAAAGAACAGAAGUGCCUAACCAUCUCCUAGAAUCCAAGGUCUAUACCAAGAUUCUGAACAAUAAGGCCAUCCAGGCCAGACCAGGCAUAGUUCAUUUUGGAGGCUAUGAGAUAGAGAAACAGCACCAACAGAUUCUGUACAUUGCCAAUAUUUCAGAUGAAGACACACACCUUCAUAUUUUACCACCGCAGACCAAAUACUUCAGGAUCGCCUAUGAGAAGAAGGAGCAUCGCCUCAUCCCAGGCUUGUCUCUCAUGGUCACUGUUACGUUUUCUCCAGAUGAGUGGCGUUACUAUUAUGACUGCAUCCGCAUUCACUGUAAGGGAGAUGACACCUUGCUUGUUCCCAUUCACGCCUACCCUGUCUUGAAUAACCUGGACUUCCCCACGUUUAUAAAUCUAUCAGAUGUCCUCCUCGGAGAUAGCAAAAGUUAUGUGAUCCCCCUGCAGUGCAGCUGUCCCGUGGAUUUUGAAUUCCACAUCACUUUGCUUCGGUCUCAUCAGGCCUUUACAAUUGAGCCAAAGUCAGGAAUAAUUCCAGCUAACGGGAAGGCAACAGUAACUAUCAAUUUCACACCCAUCCAGUAUGGGAUGGCACAAAUAAAAAUUCAAUUGUGGAUCUCACAGUUCAACUCGCAGCCAUACGAAUGUGUCUUCACUGGAACCUGCCACCCCAACAUGGCCUUACCAUUAGAAGAGUUCAAGAGAUUAAAUACUCGUUCUAGGAAAGUAAAUGUUCCUCCAGAAAAAACAAUGUAUGCACACUUUUACCAAAGUCCCAAGAAGGCCACACCUAAAACGCCGAAGGAAAUCGAGUACCAGGACCUGCGGUUUCCAGCAAAUCUGUCCAAUCCAUUCGCCGUGGCAACUGUCCUAAACCAAGAGCCGGGAAAGUUGAAGAUUAAGGAAUUAAAACAAGUCUUGGACCAAGGUGACGAAAUCUCCAAAACCAGACAGAUGAAGGAGGCGCUCUUCGAACAGAAAGUCAGACAGAAUAUUGCGGAAGAGAGCGAGAACCAUCUUAAGUGGCAGGUGCACCUUGGUAAAGAGCACACAACUUUAAAGUUUAGAAAAGAUCUCAGUGAUGAGCGGCAAAAAUCAUAUGAGAAGUACAAGCAAAAGCGAGAUGACCCUGUUUUGGAGGAAGAAUUUCAACGACUCGUGACUGAUCGGAAGAACAGGAGGAUCGUCCGUGAUCUGGAGGAUAAAAUCCAGGAAUUGCACCCUAAUUUUGAACCACUCAUUAACAAUAUGUGGCUCAACAGAUACCGGGCACAAAGACGGUUUCAGCAAGCAGCGCGCAAGGUCAUGCUUGAGCGGAGGCUGCACCUUGUUCUGAAGUGUAUCCGUAACAUGGACAAAGAAGGCGUAUUGAGAAAGCUUGUCAAAGCCCAGGAAUCACUAAUACAAGCUGCAAAUCCCUACCGAUCCCUGCGGGCCGGAGUGAGUCAGGAUGAAUACCCCUGUCAAUACUCACUACAGGCUGAGGAAGUGAUGCCCUUUGCCUUUCCAUCGGAGUCUCAGAGCUACAAUGAGUUGGCUCUUGAUGGCCUUGGACUAAUCAUAAUUAAACCUUCUGAUCUUCAAAUCAAGCACAAGUAUCCUUACUUCGUUUUAAAGGUUCCUCAGUUAUACAAAAUCAAGGGAUAUCAACCAUUUUCUGUCAACAAGUCCUCAACAAAUUACAAACUUCAGAAGCUUGCUCGACCCCUGAAGCAAGGGGCUGAGGAUGAAGUCACCGCCAUCAUAGCUCCACCCAAGCAGGACACCACAGAUCUCUUGGCCAAGCCCUCCAUCUUGAGUAUGAAGGCACCUGAGGGCCUGGCCAUGUCUGUGGAAUAUGACCCGCUGUAUGUUUUUAAUCCCAGCCCAGGACUGUUUGCCGUGAAGCACCCUCUGACCUACGCAGAAACUCUGAUAGAUUACCAUCUGUGCACUCACCCCAAGUACAAGUUCACCCAAGAGGCCCACAUUGGGUCCAGCAUUCCUAUCACCCAAAAGCAGUUUCUCCAUCAUAUGGAUAUAAUUCCUGGAGUCAUGAACUGGAAGAGGUUCCAGCCCCUGAUCUUCUCCUCCUUGUCUGACAUCUCCAGGAUGGAAAUCACUCAGAGAAGUGACUGGUACAGUCCUGUGUUGCUGCCUGUAGAUACCCCUGCCCCACUGGACGCCUUACCAGAGGAAGACAGAUUGGAAACUAUGGAGAGAGAGCUCUGUGAGCAGAGUACAGAAGUCAUGCUGACUCCAGAAAUGAUCCAAGUGGAAUUCCCCAUGGUCAACAACAAGGAAGCCAAGAAGGAGAAGGAUGUCAAGGACCCUACCCUGCCGCCAGAGAAGGUGGGAGAAAAGGUGCUGGAGGAGAUGAAGAAUCUUCAGAGCAAAGUUCUCAAUACAUACUUGAUUCUAGAAUAAAAACUACUGUUGCGUCAACUGUCCCCCUUUGCCUCCCAAGGUCACUGAGAUCCUCUGAGUCCAUUUACAUUCAAGCUAUUUUUUGGAAUUAAAGUUUCUA